AUGUUUUUCCACACAUCCGACAUCAAUCACGGUCUGGUAGUACUGCCGGUAUAUCGAUUCUUUCCAGAAGGGGUCGACCAAAAAAACAAAAAGACUCAAUGGCAGUUGAAUCCUAUGGCUCCAGCAAGAGGCCAAGUACGGGAUGUAUUCCUUCGCCGCGAUCAAGUAUCCUGGAUAUAUCUUGGAGAGUAUCAAUGUGUUUUCAGCGAUGUGGUGGAUUUGAAUAGUGUACCUUUCGUGAAACGUAACCACGUCGUCCAAAACACCAUCAUGCAGAAGGAUCUGGCCACCCGUGUCUCGGAAAACAUGAUAAAGAGCAUGUACACUUCCAGCAUACUCAAAGUCCAGUGCUUCGGCCUCCAAUGCGUUGGGUUCAAUGAGGAACUGGAUCGGCAGUUGCACGACCAAAGUGGAAAGAGCGGCUCUGCGGCUCCUCAAUCAUCGCCAAAGGCAGCAGGGAAGAAGCGCAAAUCGGGAGCUGAGCAUAAGGGCCCGAAGCCGAAAAAGAAAAAAAGGUGA